UAAAGUGAAAAUGAAGUCAUUUAAGUAUUUGUUAAUCUGUUCGAUUUUAACAUUGAUAAUCGCGGGUUGUGACACUGAAAUUAUAAGGGAAUCAACUUCCUUGAAGUAAGUACUUUUAGAGUGUUGAACGUUUCACCGGGUGUCUAUUACUGCUAAGUAUAAUAUCGGUCCAAAGAUGGUCUUCACAGGUAGCAAGCAAGUUUUAUAAUGAAACACUAUUCGGGCUUCAUAACAGUUUUGUCAAUGAGUAAUCAACCAAGUGACAUAAUGUUUUCAUCGUUUCUUUAUUACACAUAAAAAUGAAAAUUAAUAUUUCAUAAAAAAUUGGUACCGAGAAACCUUUGACAUGCCGACUAUUAGCGAUUAAACAGAAACAACGAAUCGUUAUUCUAGAAGUAUCAUGAAUAAUAGAUUAGUUAUAUGGAAAAUGAUCACGGUUACAUGAUAGCCGAAUGAUAUUUAAGAACCUUCUGCAAAAGCAAGAGAGUAUUAUCUCGUUGGAUUUUGAAUGAUAUUUCGUUCUUUAGAGGGAACAUUGAUGAGCAUUUCUAUGAUAAGACAGUAAAAAUGAAAUCCAUUAAAUGUAUGUUCAUAUGUUUGAUAUUCUCAUUGAUAGUAGCGAUUUGUGAAGCUAAAAUUAUAAGGGAAUUAUUUCCCUUAAGCUCAAAUAUUAUAAAAGCCAAUUCAAAAGAAGGUUCUUCCGAUAAGAUGAAUUCAAGUGCAUACAACUACGGAAGAACUCGAGCAGUGCAUGCACAAAGACCCAAUGUGGCCCCAAUUCGACCUCGCCAUCCAACUAGAUCUUCUGACUCUUCAAAAUCCCCAGCUCCAGCAACUACAUCUUGGAGAGAACCUAAACCAUCUCAACCUCAGCGCGAACUAAUAUUCACUUCGCCACAACGUAACAUGAGGGAAAAAUCUGGUACCGCGAAAGAUCACUCCAAGAAACGCCAUUCCAGAAAACGUCACCAUAAAAAUAACUCGAAGAGAACCCAGGGUUUAAGAAACCGACGACCAAAUGUCUUUCCAAUGCGACCACAUUUUACUACCGAAAAACCCACGGCUGUAUUCAGACGUCGUAAUCCAGCUUUCGCCAGGAGUUCCCAGCGAGAACAUACAUUCAUAUCAGUGCCGCGACACAUAAGAACAAGGCCUGCUACCGUCGAAGACGAAUCGAUAGAGGGUCACCCUAGACGAAUAACGUCCUAGCUCGGAACAGGUUUGUCUGGACGGAGG